AUGCCCAAGACGCGCCCACCCACGACGGGCUACGAGCGACUCGCCCAAGCCGACCGCUUCAGCGAUGACUCCGAUGACGAAUUUGUCAAUGCCGGGCCCUCCGCCGCCCUGAACCCUUCAGCCGCUGCCCCCGGCACUCCCCGGUCAACCACAACGCGGCCCAAGUUCCGACGCCGCGUCGGUAGCACCGGCGGCGUCGACAUCAAGGCCAUCAACGCCCGUUUCGAACGUUGGGCUGAUGAGAUUGCCUCUAAAUUCAAGCGUGGCCGCGGAAAGAGCUUCGCCGGCGAGGAGGAGCGUCUCGAGAUUCAACACUCUGUUUUCCGUGCCCCCGAGGGCAUCAGACCCGUCACAGCCCAAGACCUUGCCGAAGCUCCCGAGGGUGCUAUAACAAAGGCCGAGUUCGAGGCUAUUAUCGACAGUGUCAGGCGCGCGAUUCGACAAGAGAUUCACCCUAGCAUGAUCUCACAGGGUAGCUCCGGUAGUUACUUUGCUCGCGAUCCCGAUGGCAAGAUUGUCGGUGUGUUUAAGCCCAAAGACGAAGAGCCCUACGCGGCCGGAAAUCCAAAAUGGAAUAAAUGGAUUCAUCGAAAUCUAUUCCCCUGCUGCUUUGGCCGGGCCUGCCUCAUUCCCAAUCUAUCAUACGUCAGCGAAGCCGCUGCCUACGUCCUCGACCGCCAAUUACAAACAAACAUGGUACCGUAUACCGACGUCGUGUGGCUAUCCUCGAAAUCAUUUCACUACCCCUUCUGGGACCGGCGCAACUUUUACCGCAAGAAGAAGCCAUUCCCAGCCAAGCCAGGCAGUUUCCAAGUCUUCCUCAAAGGCUUCAAGGACGCCAACGUCUUUCUGCGCGAGAACCCCUGGCCCGACCAGUACUGGGCUGGCUUUCGUACAACGAAUGGUAAAGACAGUGGUAAUCGAAAGAACAAGAAGUGGUCCGACGCGUGCCGCCCAUCAACGUCUGGCCAGGCCGAGAAUGCCGACUCGGACGACGACGAGAGUGAAUCGCCCGGCAGCGGGGAGCGUUCACCAGCUCCUGAGCAGCCCGCUCGAUUUGCGUGGACCGAGGACUUCAAGCAGUCGUUCCGCGAGGAGCUCGAGAAGCUGGUCAUUCUCGACUACAUCAUGCGCAACACAGAUCGGGGCCUCGACAACUGGAUGGUCAAGGUCGACCGCGAAUCCGGCGCCGUGUCCAUAGCCACCGAGCCCAUGCACCUCAACAUGGACGCCGUGGAAUCAGAAUCCUCCGACGCAGACCGCCCGCGACCCGUCAACGCCGCCGACAUGCCGUCCAUGGCCUCAACCGCCUCCUACCCGUACAAGCGGCAGCGGCCCAUGCACGCCUCCUCCAGCCGGGGCGAGAAGAGCGCGCAGAUGGUGCUCGGCGCCAUCGACAACUCGCUCUCGUGGCCGUGGAAGCACCCGGACGCCUGGCGCAGCUUCCCCUUUGGCUGGCUCUUCCUGCCCGUGGACCUCAUCGGGCGACCGUUCUCACAGAAGACGCGCGACCACUUCCUGCCGCUGCUGACGUCGACGGCGUGGUGGAGCCAGACGCAACUGGCGCUCAAGCGCGUCUUCCAGGUCGACGAGGACUUCCAGGAGCGCAUGUUCGCCAAGCAGAUCGCCGUCAUGAAGGGCCAGGCCUGGAACGUCGUCGAGGCGCUCAAGACGGCCGACCACGGGCCGCUGGAGCUCACCCGCCGCGCCAAGGUCUGCGUCUGGGACGACCUCGUCGACGUGCCCGUCGCCGUGCCCAUGCGCGUCACCUCGUCCGAGAUGCGCCGCACCGCGCUCGCUUCGUUCGACCAGGACGAGACCGACAUUGCCAGCUCCGUGCCCGCGAGCAGCGGCGGCGCCUCUGCCGCUGCCCCCCCGGACCCUGCCGCCCAGAACCCGGACCUCCUCGGCUUCGGCGGCGAUCUGCCCAACCCGGGCCGCUUCGAGAUCAUCACCAGCCCGAAGCUGGAGGCGACGCGCACGUCCCACGACGCCGCCCCCAACGGCGCGCUCUCCCGCCAAGCCAGCAGCGACGGCAGGUCCGCCGCCACCAUCACCAGGCCGUCCGGCGCGCCCUCCCCCUCGUCUUACCACGGGCCCUCGCGCGCGCUCAACGCCUACGACCCGCCCCGCAGCAGCAUCAACACCAGGAGCGACGAGCGCGCCGCCACGUCCGCUCGCUCCUCCCACCACCAGCGUCGCUACUCGUUCGCCAGCACACCCGCCGGCCGCCGCAGCAGCCACUCCAUCGCGCAGCAGCUCUACGCCGGCGACCACCACCACCCGACCGGCAGGCACAGCUACGACUACAGCCACCAAGCCGCCGACGACGAUGACAUGCUGGAGGGGGACCUCGGCUACGCCGCGGCGGAGGGCCAGAUGGGCAACCAGCGCAAGGUAAUUGUGGAGCGCCUCGAGGCCGUCAAGACGAGCAACCCGGUGUUUACGUGGUGCUAG